AUGACGAUGUAUACUUACACGUGGAACAUUAAAGAUUUUCAAGAUCUCUUCAAGAGGUUGAAAGAAACAGACGACCAUUUUAGCGAAAGGUUUUAUUCACCGGUUUCAUCCUCGCCGUCAUUUUCGGACAAUCUGGCUUCUUCAUCGAAUGACCUAGAACAGCAGUACAUUUGGCGUUUUUCUGUUCGUCCACGCGGAGGAAAGAAUUCGAAAGAACACAUGUCAGCAUUCCUCUGGUCAUAUCAAUCAGAUUUCGAAAGAGAGAGGGGAUUAACUUCCAGGAAAAUUAGAUACAGCGUGGAUAUCUAUAGAUCCACACCAACCAACUCGUCAACCUCAAUACCAACCCUUGUAAAGCUGAAAACAAAAAGAGGUGUCGAGACGAAUACCUUCAACUUUUUCACCCACGAGUCAGCGUGGGGGAGUUCCGAAUUUUGUGCCUUCAGCGAAAUCUUUCCUAACAACGAACGAAAUCAAAAAGUUGAUCUGGUGGUGAAAGUUAAUUUCUUCGACCUUGCCCAAACAACUGCGAUUCCAAAUGACUCAAUUAACGAUGAUAUCACUGUAUGCAAACGUUAUACGCCAUCACUAGAUAAAUAUUUUGAUAAUGAAACGUACAGCGAUGUCGAAUUUUCAUUCGAUUGCGGAUCGAAACUUAAAGCAUCUCGUGUUGUUCUUGCCUCAAGGUCUGCUUAUUUUGAGAGCAUGUUUGAGGGCAGUUGGAAAGAAUCCAAACUCUUCACAAUUCCCAUCGAGAGCGUUAAAUACGAAUGUUUUAAGUUGUUAAUAAGGUUUAUAUAUACCGGUAGAUUGGCCAAUGGACUAGAUUUUGAUAUCCUAUUGAAUCUAUACGUUGAAGCGGAGAUAAGGGGCAUCGAAGAGUUGAGGGAUUUGGUGUCCUCUCAGAUUAUUCGCCACCACCAGAUCUCAUCGGAAAAUUGGGAGCAAUAUUUGAUUUUGGGAUGGAAGACCUCCAAUAAAAAGCUAAAAGAAGUGGGCCUGAAGUACGCGUGUGAUAACUGGGAUGCGGUAAAGAGUACUGUCGGAAUGCAACGAGUUUUGAGUAGCGGAGUUACCGAAUGGGUUGAAGAACUGAUGGCGGCAAAGUUUUUUGGCUACAAUUAA